AUGGAGCUCGUAUUCUCUGAUGAAGCGUUGGCCAUUGUCGUCCCCAUAGCUGCCUACUGGGUCUACUCCGGCAUGUACAUGGCGCUUGGACGGUCCAUGGACCAGUACAGGCUACACCCAAGGGAGGAGGAGCGCAACAAGAACCUGGUGUCCAAGCGCGACGUCGUCAAGGGCGUCCUCCUCCAGCAGCUCGUGCAGGCCGCCGUCGCCGCCGCCAUUUUCACGCUUCGAGGCGAAAGCACCGGGACGGCCGCCGGCGAAGCACGGCAGCGGACGACCUGGGCCACGUGCCUGACGGUGGCGAUGCAGAUCGUGGUGGGCAUGUCCAUGCUGGACGGGUGGCAGUACGCGUGGCACCGGUACAUGCACCGCAACAAGUUCCUGUACCGGCACGUCCACUCGUGGCACCACCGCCUCGUCGUGCCCUACGCCUUCGGUGCACAGUACAACCACCCCGUGGAGGGCCUCCUCCUCGACACCGUCGGCGGCGUGCUCGCCUUCCUCGCCUCCGGCAUGUCGCCCCGCGUCUCCAUCUUCUUCUUCACGCUCUGCACCGUCAAGGGCGUGGACGACCACUGCGGCCUGUGGCUGCCGGGGAACGUGUUCCGCCUCUGCUUCUGGAACAACACGUUGUACCACGACGUCCACCAUCAGCCGCGCGCUAGCAGAUACAACUUCUCGCAGCCCUUCUUUGUGACGUGGGACAAGGUGUUUGGGACGCACAUGCCCUAUGUGGUCGAGCACAGGCCCCAAGGAGGCCUCCUCGUGCGGCCCAUGGAAGCCCUUAACUAAGCAUAUUGUGUUUCAUAUUUGACUGUAUGUCACAAAGGUAUUUAUCCUUCCCUCAUGCAACCAGGAUGCUACUAUACAUCAGAAAUUGAUAUCCCAAAAAAAGUUCAUAUAUAUAGGAGCAUGUGCAUUUCCUGUCGGCGGUGGUUUGUAAUAUCUGUCAUUCGAGCAUCUGAGCAAUUUCUUCUUGAUGAAACUGGCAUGCUUCAAGGCCUGGCAGAGAAAACAAUUGAUACAUUUCAAUCGCAAUAAGCUGCAUAAAACUAACACCUUGAUUUUCUGUACAACAUGCAGCACCACAUCAGACUAGAUAGUAAAGCUUCAUCUUCUGCAAGCUUCUAUUUGGAGAUCUGUCUCUACAAAAGUCAGAAAACAUCUGCUUCAUUCGUGCUAACCGGAUUAAAAGAAAAUAGU